GCGGCUGCGCGGCCCGGCGGGAGCGGAGCGGAGCGGGAGCGAUGGUGCCUGAGCUGGAGAAAGCCACGGUCCGGAUCCGGCAGCCCGAGCGCGUGCGGGGGAUCAUCCGGACCCUCCGGGAGCAGGGGGUGGCCAAGCUGCAGGUAAUUUCUGACUUUGACAUGACGCUGAGCAGGUUUGGGUGCAACGGCAGGCGCUGCCCCACAUCUCACAAUAUCCUCGAUACCAGCCGUGUUGUCAGUGAGGACGGCAGGAAGAAGCUGAAGGACCUGCUGCACCAUUACUAUCCCAUUGAGAUUGAUCCCAACCGGACCCUGGAAGAGAAAUGUCCCCUCAUGGUGGAGUGGUGGACCAGGGCCCACGAGCUGCUGGUGCAGCAGAAGAUCCGCAAAGAUGACAUAGCCCAGAUUGUCGGAGAGUCGGAAGUGAUGCUGAGGGAUGGCUUCAAGGAAUUCUUUGAUCAGCUGCACAAGAACAAUGUCCCCCUGUUCAUCUUCUCUGCUGGUGUCGGUGACGUCCUUGAGGAGAUUAUCCGCCAGGCCAGCGUCUUCUACUCCAACGUCAACGUGGUGUCCAACUACAUGGACUUUGAUGAUGAAGGAGUCCUCACGCACUUCAAGGCACCCCUCAUCCACACCUACAACAAGAACAACACCGUGCUGCAGGGCACAGAUUACUUCCAGCAGCUGAGCACGAGGACGAACAUCAUCCUGCUCGGGGACUCCAUGGGUGACCUGACGAUGGCAGACGGCAUUCCCAGCGUGGAGAAUAUCCUCAAGAUUGGCUUUCUCAAUGACAAGGUGGAAGAGCGGAGAGGGAAGUAUUUGGAAGCCUAUGACAUCGUGCUGGAGAGCGACGAGACGCUGGACGUGGUCAAUGGGAUUCUCCGGUACAUCCUUACUGAGACAUGAGCUGGGAAGAGGCAUCCCAGCCUUGGCCCCGCAGCAGGCACUGGGCAGGGAACAUCCUCCCCGGGACAGAGCUGGAGGGGAUCUGCUGGUACUGGCUGGGCUCCGUCCUGACCUCACUAAUGCCCUCGGCCCUGGAGCGGGAGAGAAGAGAUGAAGGGAUCUUCUCCAUUCCCUUUACCCCAACUGCCUGGCUCUGCUGCUUCCUUCUUGGACUGGCUUCAUCCAACUUGGACUUCAUCCCACUGGGAAUUCAUGCCCUCUACCUCCCUUCCCAAGGCCACAACAAACCGUUCCAUGUUUCAGAAGAGAUGUUCUGCACCUGCUUCAGCAGCUGAGUGUGGAGUGGAGAUGGUUUGCUGUGGGCUGAGGACAGACCCGGCUUAAAUGAAGUUUUAGAGUCACUGUGUUCCUCACUAAGAAAACAAAUCUCUCUCGUCCUGUUUUCCUGUUUCUGAGCCCUGGUGCCACCACUGGGCUGGUGUGGCCCUGCCAGGCAUUGCAUUGCCCAGCCCCACAUCCCCCAUGGAAACCUGCAGCUCCCUGGCCUCGGGUCCCACCCCAUCCCUCUUGCACCAGUACAAUUCUUACUGUGGACACAAAGCUUUUCCAGCCGUCCCUGAAGGCCCCAGAACUCGGCUGCUGCUGCUGCCCAAACCCAGAAGUAAGUUUCUCUGCCAGGGUUGGGGCUGGGGUUUGGGUGGGGUGGGAGAGGAGAGGCCAGCAGCAGCAUUUUGGGUUUUAAGGAACGUUUUAACUGUCUGUGUUUCUGUCCUGAACUUCUGGGCUGACCCUAGGCUGAUCCCAGGCUGAUCCCAGGGUCUCGGAGCAGCAAUAGGAAAAACCCUUGUUGUUUCUGUCUCCCCUGUGGUUAUGUGGGACUUCGAGAAGUGCCGACUCUGUUCUCCGUGUUGGAAUAAAGAUGUUAUUGGCUAAA